AGCAGCCGGCGCCGUCCCGUCCCGUCCCGGGGCUCGGCGGACUCAGCUCCGCUCCGCCCGGUGCUGCCGCCGCCUCCCCAUGCGGGUGUCCCGAGUGGGCAGCAGCCGCCGCGCCCCCCGCGCCGCUCCGGCAUGGCCCGGCUCUCCGUCAAAGAGCACCUGGAUGGGAUCCUCUCCGACUUCGAAGCGCUCAAGAAGUCAUUUGAGGCAGAGGAUGGGGACGAGAUGCCCAGCUCACCACCAGUGUUCCCGCUGCCGUCGGGUACCAGCGAGUGCCACCAGCCGCUGCAGCCUGGCCACCCGCCCCGCUCGGGCACCACUGCCAGCCCCAGCCUGGCUCCCAGCCCUGUGCUGCGCAGCCAUCUCAGCACCAGCCUCUCUGUCAGCAGAGCCAACGGCACCGCCAGCACUGGCAUCACCCGUGUUGCCUCCUUCCAGACCCGCCGGGGCUUUACUGCAGGGCCGGGCAGUGACGGCGAGAGCCUCCGCAGUUCGUCCUCCAGCCUGGAGAGCCCUGCUCCCCUGCAGCUGCCAGGCACUCCCCCAGCUGCUGUCCCCGGCCUGAAAAAGGUCCCAUCUCACGGCAGCGUCUUCCCAGCGGAGCUGGAGCAUCCCCUCCGUAUGGCCACCACCAGCCACAGCUCACUGCCAGCACUGGACCUGCACAUCGCUGAGGAGCCGGGGAUGGGGACCCCUCCACUGAAGCCCUUGCUAUGGGGCUCCCGGAGCCCAGCAUCCCAACCCCACACCCACCAGCCCUCCUCCCCAACCCCGUGCGAUGGCACCGAGGUGUCCCAGGGGCUGCCCAUGCUCCCUGAUGGGCCGGGGGGGCAGCUGCCAGGGGUUGGGGAUGUCACCCCCUGUGCACUUCCACGGCUGCAGCUGAGGGUCAGCCUGGGUGCCAACCCCAGCCUGGCCCACCGGCCCCUGUCACUCCCUCGAGGCCAGGGAGAGGCAUCCCCAGCCCCCACAGCUCCUUCCCCGGGGAGGGCUGAGGGGCUGCCACCACUGCCAGCCCCACAAGCUGCCCCCUUCAAGCUGGUGUCACAGCCGCAGACAGUGCAAGUGAGCUCCCAGCCUGCCUUCCUGGGGGGGCUGGUGCUGGUGCCAACAUUGGGGACCCUGGCAGCACCCAGUGGAGCCGGAGCAAACCCCCCCAGUGCCGGGCAUGUGGGGCUGCGGGGACCCUGUGCAGCGGCGGCGGUGGUGGCUCGCGGUGAGGCUGCAGAUGGUGACUGGGCUGCAGUGACACCAAAACACGGAAGCAGCCUGGAGCCCAUGGAGCGCAGCAUGGAGCCGCCGGCCGUGCCGGAGGAGGAGAUGAUGCCUCUCAGUGUGGCGCCCAGCCCAGCGGGUUGCCAGCUCUUUGGUUAUGUAGGAAUCGAAGCCGUGCUCGACCAGAUGAAAAUCAAAACCAUGAAGACAGGCUUUGAAUUCAACAUCAUGGUUGUGGGACAGAGUGGGUUGGGGAAGUCAACGAUGGUGAACACCCUCUUCAAGUCCAAGGUGAGCCGCAAAGCCUCGCAGCCUGGCCAGGAGGAACAUAUUCCCAAGACAGUGCAGCUGCAGUCUGUCACUCAUGUCAUUGAGGAGAAGGGUGUGAAGAUGAAGCUGACAGUGACAGACACACCAGGGUUUGGGGACCAGAUCAACAAUGAGAACUGUUGGGACCCCAUCAUCAAGUACAUCAACGAGCAGUAUGAAAGGUACCUACGUGAGGAAAUCCUCAUCACCCGCAAGAGGAAGAUCCCAGACACUCGGGUCCAUGGAUGUGUCUACUUCAUCCCCCCUACGGGUCACUGGCUGCGCCCACUGGAUCUGGAGUUCAUGCGACGGCUCAGUAAGAUCGUCAAUGUGGUGCCUGUGAUCGCCAAAGCCGACACGCUCACCCUGGAUGAACGGGCAGAGUUCAAACAACGGAUCCAGGAGGACCUGAAGACCCAUGCCAUCAGCGUGUACCCGCAGGAGGACUUUGACCAGGACCCGGAUGACAGGGUGCUGAAUGACCUGAUUCGGGAGAAGAUCCCCUUCGCCGUGGUGGGGGCGGACCAGGAGCACCAGGUGAACGGCAAGCGGGUGCUGGGCCGCAAGACCAAGUGGGGUAUCAUUGAAGUGGAGAACCCGGCGCACUGCGAGUUCCCCCUCCUGCGGGACCUGCUGAUCCGAUCCCACCUGCAGGACCUGAAGGACAUCACCCACAACGUCCAUUAUGAGAGCUAUCGCGUGCGGCGGCUGAACGAGAGCAACCAUCCGGGGCCGAGCUCCCACAAUGGGCCUCCUGGCAAGGGCGGGGAUGGCAGUGACCUCUGAGCCACCAGGUCACCCCCCAGAGCCACCGCUGGACCCUCAUGGCAGUGCCUGUACCCUGACCAGCAGUGGCUGUGCCUGGACCCUGCCUGGGGUGAGGAGCCCCCGAGAGUGCCAGGCUGCUCCGGCUCCUCAUCCCCAAGUUCUGCCAUGGGCACAGACGCCUUGGAUCCUGCACAGCAUUAAAGGUCAAGCCAGAGCCUUCGCCCUUCACCAUAACCAUCCUUCUGCUGGACCUACGACCCUUCUGAUGUGUCACCACCCUCCUGUGCUGCUCUGACUGCUGGGACCAUAGAGCAAGACCUUCUCCCAACAAGUGCUGCCAGGGUGCCCUGUGCCAGCACCAGCCAGGCACCCUGGGGAGAUUGGAGUGCUUACGGCAGAGUGCCCGUGGUUCCAUAGGUGGCCAGGGCGGGCAGAAUGCAGGUUCCCUCCCCACAGUCACCACACCCACCUUGCCCAUUUACGGCAGGUGGCACAGACGGACUUUGAGCCCCUUAUCGGGCGCUGGAGGUGCCGGAGGUGCCGGAGGGGUGCGGAAGUGGCACCCUCAAGGGUGGGGGGGGCUACACCCAGCUGCUCCCCACUGUGUCACCCCCCUGCCAGGGGCACGUGGCACUGGGUGCAGCUCCCCAAACCCCUCAGGCAGACCCCACAGAUGCUGCCCCGCUGGCUGCUGGCCCCGGCACGGUGUGAGCGGUGCGAGGAUGGGGAGGAUGGGGGAGAUGGGGUGGCCCGCCCAGUGCUUCAGGGGUGCAUGAAAGGCCCCAUUGUUCCUCCUGCUGUGGGCAGGCUCGGGGGUGGUGCCAGGACAGCAGCACCAGCAGCUCCCUGCCCCCCCGCCCUGGCCCUGCUGUGAGCGCCGGCACCUUCGCCCAGCACCGUGUUAAUGAUCCACCCGCCCGCGCCGCUGCCACCAGCCCCCAGCAGCCGCCCCGGUGAGCCGUGCGUGGCGGUCGCCGUGGUGGCAGCCACGGAGCUGGGGGUCCUCGGUGCAGGCGGCUCGGGGGGCCGGCGGCUCCCUGCCCCGUGCCCCACCCCUCUGUCCCAGAACCCAGAUAAGAGCAGCUGCCGGCAGCACCCAUUUCCCAGCUUGUGGUGUGAGGGGGAGAGCUGACCGGGACCAUGGCCAGAGUGACGGUGAACCUCCGUGCCGUGACCUCCUGGGUGGGCAUCGCCCGGCUCUUUGCUGUCGUGCUGUCCUGCAUUGCCUUCAGCUUGGUGGCCUCCACCCGGGACUUCUGGGGUCCCUAUGGGACGUGGUGUAUGUUCACCUGGUGCUUCUGCUUCACCGUGACGCUGCUGGUGCUGUUUCUGGAGCUGCUGGAGCUCUACCCCAAGCUGCCCUUCUCCUGGGAUGACUUCACCUCGGCUUUCUCCAUGUUGGCAGCAUUGAUGGUUUUCACCACCUCAGCGGUCUUCCCUGCCACCUUCAUCAGCAGCCCCUGCAGCGGCAGCAAGUGUGCCCGCCAGGCCGUGGCCACCACCGUCUCCUGCCUCUGCUUCCUUGCCUACGCCCUUGAGGUGGGGCUCACCCGUGCCAAGCCGGGGGACAUCAGCAGCUUCCUCUCCACUGUACCUGGGCUCCUCAAGGUGUUUGAAGCCUAUGUGGCCUGUCUCAUCUUCUGCUUGCUGGAUACCUUCAGUUCAGAAGCUGGCCUGCAGUGGUGCGUGGCCGUCUACUCCAUCUGCUUCAUCAUCACCCUCCUCAUCAUCAUCUUCACCAUCGGCCGGUGCCUCAGCUACAUGCCCUGCCCGCUGGAAAAGGUGCUGGUGGGGUACAACGCCCUGGCCCUGGUGAUGUACCUCACCGCCACCGUCCUCUGGCCCCUCUACAGCUUCAGAGGGCAGAGCCGUCCUGCAUCCUGCGGCAGGGGCUGCAGGUGGGACAAGAACCUGGGGAUCACCUUCCUCACCAUCUUCAACCUCAUUGCCUACUUGGUGGACCUGGUCUACUCCACCAGGAUGGUUUUCAUCAGGGCACCUCCCUAAGGGCUCGGGGAGGUCUCGGUGGGGAGAGGGGUGGUGGGACGUGGCCGGGUGCCAGUGCGGGGUUCUUGGUGGAGCUGAGGAAGAGGCUGGGUGCCUUGGAAAGCUCCUUCUCCCCGUGCUGGAGCAGAGAGCCAUGGGGUGCUCCCGGGGGUGCCUGAGUGGGGGGGCUGUGGAGCUGGGUUGUGGGGAGCAGGGUGUUCCUGAAACCCUGGAGCUGGGGGUGGGGUUGGGAUUAAAUUGGGUCAUUUUUCACU